ACGUUUCAGUUUGCAACGCCCCAAACUACAGAAGGAAGGCACACACACACCCACAAACACACACACUAGCUGUUGCUGUCUACACCCAGCAAAAGGAAUCAGCGGCUUUAUUAUUUUUUUAUUUUUACGCGGCACCGAGGCCGAGACUGGAGUUACCCCAGCGCACAGGAACCUCAGCACCAGGCCGCCGAGCUCUGCGUGUGUGUCAGUGUGUUUUAGCGCAGCGUGUCGGUGGUCUAACAAAGGCAGGCUGAGCUGGGGCCGUGAUUUCCUUCUCCCCGCGGCCAUGCGCGGAGCUCGGAUCUUCGUGGAAGAAUGCGCCGCCUUCUCCCGGCGUUAGCUCAGCCUCGGCUCCAUGGCCAACAGUAACAACAUGCUCCUGGCCUCUGCCGUGGUGGUGUGGGAAUGGCUGAACGAACACGGCCGGUGGCGGCCCUACAGCCCCGCCGUCUCCCACCAGAUAGAGGCGGCCAUCCGGAGCAGCGACCCCCGCGGAGGGAGCGUGGUGCUCGGCCAGGUGGACAGCCGGCUCUCGCCCUACAUCAUAGAUCUCCAGUCCAUGCACCAGUUCAGACAGGACACAGGAACCAUCCGUCCGGUACGGAGGAGUUUUUAUGAUCCAGCCUCGGGCCCGGGUCAAGGUUGGCAGUGGGAGUGGGAAAACGACGCAGGCACAUGGACGCCGUAUGACAUGGAGGUGGCCAUCGCCAUCGAGAGCGCCCACAGUCGUCAGCAGCCCUGCCUCGACCUGACGCCGCUCGGCUUCUGCUACCUCAUUGAUUUUCAGAACAUGACGCAGGUGAACAGACAGAGCCAGAGGUGUCGGAGGAUCCAGCGGCGUGCUGACAUGGCUUACCCCAUAGUGUCCGGUCCGCUCCCUGUACCUAAAGGAGGAGGUGUAGGCGCGAGCGGAGGCCUGACUGGGGCCUUGCUGGGCGUUGGGGUGUCAGGAGCCAGCAUGGGGGUCGGAAGCUCUGUCUACCCUAAUGGAGGAUUGCCAGCCACAGCAUUAGGCCAGCCUUGUUCUUGCCAGCAGUGCAUGCUGGUCCUCAGUGUGAAGGCCAAUACAGGAGGAGGAAUACAGACUCUGGGAAGACGAUCUUUAACCAUGCAGCGACCCAAGAACUCAGCGCCACCCCCCUCUAAAUCACUAAGUCCAUCGAAAUCAGCCACCCUGGGACGGGGACAGCAGCAGAACGCCAACUCCAGCUACUAUCAGACGCUGCCGCACGGCCUCGCCAUCUCCAAGAACACCGCCUCCCAGAGGGUGAACGCCCAGCUCUUCGCUCAGUCUCUCGCCGCCCUCACCGCUGGCACCUCCUCCAUGAGGAUCUCCGUGUCUUCCAGCAGGCCGCCUCCGCCGUCGCUCCCGCCACCUCAGCCCCCCACAUCCAACCCGAACCCGCCGUCCGUUCCACCCAAGCAUUCCUCAUCUUCAGCCAGCGACUCGGUGCCAACCGCCACUCUGAUCACCCCUGCCAGCAGCGUAACCACGCCUCCUUCUCCUGUGCCAACUCCAUCACCGGUGGUGAUGAAGCCGCAGCGGUCAGCAUCAUCCGCAGCGACAGUGUGCCACGCGCCUUUACCACAGCGAUCAAGCUUAGCCGGCCUGAGCAGACCGGCGUUGCAGAGGAUUGCCAUGGCUCAGUCCAGAGCGCUCAUAGCUUCAGGCGUGCCCACCGUCCCGGUGAAGAACCUCAACGGAUCCAGUCCUGUUCACCCUGCACUGGCCGGGAUCACGGGAAUCCUGAUGAGUGCUGCCGCUCUGCCCGUGUGUUUGACCAGGCCUCCGAAGCUCGUGCUUCACCCUCCGCCUGUUAGCAAGAGCGACGUCAAGCCGGUGCCUGGCUUCGGCCACUGCUGCAGGAAGACCACCAAGAAACAGGCUCGCAAAGGUAAAACUCCAGAGGAGGUGGUGAAGAAGUACCUGCAAAAAGUAAAAAGUCCACCAGAGGAGGACUGCACCAUCUGCAUGGAGCCACUGGGGGGCCCGUCUGGAUACAAGGGUCCAGGGGUGGGGCCUGUGUCCAGGGCGGAGUCAGUUGGACGGCUGGCACAGUGCGGGCACCAGUACCACUUCCAGUGUCUGGUGGCCAUGUAUAAUAACGGCAACAAGGACGGCAGUCUCCAGUGUCCCACCUGUAAAACCAUCUACGGCGUGAAGACUGGAAACCAGCCGGCAGGGAAGAUGGAAUACCAUGUCAUCCCACACUCUUUACCGGGCCACCCCGACUGCAAAACCAUACGCAUCAUCUACAACAUCCCACCAGGCAUUCAGGGACCAGAGCACCCGAAUCCAGGGAAGCCCUUCACUGCCAGAGGCUUUCCCCGACACUGCUACCUCCCAGACAGCGAGAAAGGACGCAAGGUACUCAGACUGCUCCUGGUAGCGUGGGACCGCAGGUUGAUCUUCUCAGUGGGUACUUCAAGCACUACAGGAGAGUCGGACACCGUCAUCUGGAACGAGGUCCAUCAUAAGACGGAGUUCGGCUCCAACCUGACGGGCCACGGCUUCCCCGACCCCGGACACCUCGACAACGUCCUGGAAGAGCUGCGAGCUCAGGGCAUCACGGAGGACGACGCACUGAUGGAGAAGUGAGAGGGCAACGCGAGAGGAGGAGACGGAGGGUGGAAGGGAAGAGGAGGCGGCUGAACCAUGAAAAUAAUAGGAGGAGGAGGAGGAGACAGAAUCUCUCUGCCAGCAGUUAGCAGGGGGCGCAGGGCGAUUUGGGGUAACGGGGGAUGCUGAAUUUGUUUAGUCACAUCAACCGCAGUGAGUGGAAGUUUGAAGAAGCAGCAGCAGCUCUAGAAAAGCCAGAGUGACGAGGAGGAAGAGGUGGAUUUAGGUACUAAACGACAGCGGUCAGAGUGAAUCCGUACUAAUAAUAAAAAUAAGUUUACUUUACUGGGAAAGAGUCAAAAAAGAAGGAAAAAAAGUUAGAGCAGUUCAAUAAAAACUGGGAGAGGAAGGACAAAGAGAGGAAGACUACGGAGCAGCUUGGGGCUGUAAGGACAGAGGGAGGAGGGGCAGCAGGAAGAACGAGGGAUGGUGCACGGACGUAGCGUAGGAUAGGAGUAGAGUAACACUAACUUUUCGGAGAGGAGGAGAGGCUGAGUGCUGCCUUUGUUCAAACCACCUGCUCGCCUGCGGUUGAAGUGCAGUGCUGCGGCGCCCCCUGGCGGAUUUUCUUUUGAACUACAUGUCAGUCUGCAGGCUGAGUUAUCCACUUUAUUUCCUCAUUGUUACUAUAGUCCUCCUCAUUUAGUUAUUCCAUAUUUUACCUCUUAACCUGAUGGUUUUACACGAGCUCAGCUCUGUGUGAUCAUGUGUGUGUGAAAUGACUAAAGACCAAACCGACCCCCGCUCACCUGCUGGGCGCCUUCGGAGUCUUACUAUCGAGCCACUGUGGUACGAGUUAACCUUAGACACAGGUACCAUUUUCUUUAUUUCAUUCUUUUGUUCCUGACAGAUCAGAGUUUCACUGGAUGCAGUUUUUCUCUCUAUGAAGCGUUUCAUUAGAGCUGUGAUGAACGUCUCGGGUAGCGGUUAAAGAGGAGGGAGACACGAGCGUGAGGAUGGGAUCAGAUUGGGCAGGAGGUCUGAAGGUCAGGAGAUCUGCUGAGUGACAAAAAAGGGCUGUUGCACGCUUUUUUUAAAAGCAAAACAAUAAAAACAAUAUCAAAUUUAUGGUGUUGUAGGGCUUCGUUAUCUCUGGGCUUUGGCCAGCAGUGACCUCCUUCUCACACUAGACCUGUUUGCAGCUGAGCAUGAAGCAGACAGAUGAGAAUUAGUACCUUCAAAAACAGGCUAAUCUGAGGGUGAAGGUUAAUCUGUAGAUCUGCCGGUCAAACGUUCCUGUGGCCCUGAGAUGCAGGUAGGGACCGAAGGGAUAAGAUUGAGGACACAAGGAGCAGAAAUGAAACUCCUCCACAAACGUAUCUGAGGAGCUCAUCAUGCAGAAGGAGCUCAGCUGAGGUGUUUUAGGCAGGUCCACAAAGGAAGAGGCCCUGGACACGCUCGAGAGAUUAUGCCUCUGAGCUGGUUCUAACGCUGUGGUGUUGGAGGAGGCUGCUGAUAGAAAACAGAUGGAAUCUCCUCAUCUCUGAAACAUCUGCAUUUAUAGAGUCUCCAGUCGAAUCUGAUUAAAAACUGCUUCAAAGGUUUGACCACUUAAAAGCUUUUUAGCCCACAAACAUUAAACAUUAUAAACAUCUCUGGCUCCUCCCAUGAGAACAGAAACCACACUAGGUCUUCAUCUUUGCUGCGCCCGCCCACCACCACACAGCUCAAACUGACUUCUGAUUGGCUCUUUGGGGGGGGGGUUCAAACGCUGUGAGAUGGGCCGGAAUAAAUGGCAUUCUGGGGAACUGUAGAAAAACAUUGCAAAUUUCAUGGUUUAAAAUUUUCUUCUUCUUCGGGAAAUGUUCUCAAUAGCUGUCAAAUAAACAGCUAGUGAAAUGAUUCCGGAGUAUUAGGGCCGUCACAGCACCACUAUCCAGUUUAGGGCAGCCUCCUGAAAACAUCACCGUCAUCCGACACGACCACCGGCUUCUUCUACGCCCAUGGACGUUUGUGCUGGCCUUUAGCCACACCCACACUGUUAUCGUUUGAAAACCAAUCGUAAAUCCUUAACGGACCAAUCAGCACACAUUAGCACCAGGAUUGAUUCAUUUGAGUACAUCUCUUCCUAGGAUUCAUUUAAGAAAGCGUGCUCCCACCCUGUCUCUCCACUUGUCUCCACGACUGAAAACAUUUUGCCCAGUCUCUGAGUUGGGUCUCUAAAUGACCUCUUAUCUCGACGUCUGUGUACUGUGUAUGCCACAAACAUUCUCCCGUUUUAAGCUUUUAUUUUGGUGAAUACGACAAUGGUACUUCCUUCACUUCUUUAUUACAUUUUUUUUAAUGGUAUUUAGGUACACCUUUGCUUUUUAAUAGCAUAUUUCUUGACACUAUUAUAGAUUAAAUUGCCUUUUCAUUCUUUUGUACAUUUAUGUUGUAUUGAAUAUGCUCCUUUUUUUUUUGUUUUGAUUUUUUUUAUGUCAUAAUGUGUUUACAAAGACAGUAUUAUUAAAUAUAAUGUCUUUUUUCCUCCCCCCCUGUCAGUGUAAAGAAGCUGAUUUGCAUCAUCUUUUCUUUUGGAAAAGGAAUUUGAUGGUAGACUUUUAUCUGAGUGUGACAUGUAAUGAAUUUGAAUAGAGAGUCAGACACCUUGUACACUUGCUGUUCUGUGAGGUUUCUACAUAUCAGCUGUCCUGCUGCUGUUCUGCAGACAUUUGAAGGUUUCACAGCAGAUAUUUGUAGAUGGGAUCGUCCAGCCUUCGUUCAGCAGCAAAUAAAAUAUCUGAAAAUGUUAUUAAAAAAAUCACAACUUCCUCUUAUGUUGAUGCAGUUUCAGCUCUUUGGCUCAAACACUGCACAGCGACUGAGGAGAAUGCUGAUUUUGUAUGAUCAAUUAGGUCUUAAAUUGUCUUUUUAUUAAUAAAAGAAUGCUUUGAAACAAA